AUGAAGUUCACCAAGGGCAUUGUGUAUGCUACCCUUGCAACUGCCGUGGGGGUUUCGGCACACGAACCGUUUGAAGCACCCAACUUCAACCUAACCCAAGCACUCAUCAAAAACGAUAUCAACAUAUCCGCAAUCCCAGAACUUUCGGCUAUGCAAAAGAAAGGCGGGAAUGCUCUUGGUUUGUAUCCCGAGCAUGGCCCUUACGUCCAUGUUCUUGUGUACAUGGCCUGGAAUCAUUCUAGCAAUGAGGCGGCAAUGAUGGAGGCUGCAGAAGAGUAUGUCCGGACGUCGAAGAACAUGGCCCGGAAUCUGGGUGUCGAUAACGACUACCAUUAUAUGCCAUAUAGCAGCGGCUAUCAGCCUGUGAUUGCAGGGUAUGGUGCGGAAAAUAUGGCUAGACUGGAUGCUGUGUCGAGGAGAUAUGAUCCUUCGCGGGUUUUCCAGACACUGCAGCCUGGGUAUUUCAAGUUGAGUGGCAAGGCACCUUUUGGGGUGAUUGUAUAG